GUGCGCGCCGCCGGGGGUGGGUGUCUGCCGGCGGGGGCCGCCGGGAGGCCGCAGCGGCCCCUCCCCCGCCGCGGGAAGGCCCGGGGCGCCGGCGGCCGCGGGGGGCCCGUCCCCGCCCAGGGGCCCGGCGCCAUGGUGGGAGCCCAGCAGCUGGAGCUGGCCGAGAUGCGGCCCGGCCCGGCGGCGGCGGCGAGCGGCGGCGAGCACCAGUACGAGUGCCUGGAGUGCGGCAAGGUCUUCAAGUGGUCGUCGCGCCUCAUCCACCACCAGCGCACGCACACGGGCGAGCGGCCCUACAAGUGCUCCGAGUGCCCCAAGGCCUUCAAGGGCUCCUCGGCGCUGCUCUACCACCAGCGCAGCCACACGGGCGAGCGGCCCUACAAGUGCUCCGAGUGCGGCAAGGCCUUCAAGCGCUCCUCGCUGCUGCAGAUCCACCAGAGCGUCCACACGGGGCUGCGGGCCUUCAAGUGCGCGCUCUGCGGCAUGGCCUUCAAGUGGUCCUCGCACUACCAGUACCACGUGCGGCAGCACACGGGCGAGCGGCCCUACAAGUGCACGGCCUGCGACAAGGCCUUCAAGAACUCCUCCAGCCUCCGCCGCCACCGCCACAUCCACACGGGCGAGCGGCCCUACGUCUGCACGGCCUGCGGCAAGGCCUUCACCCAGUCCACCAACCUGCGGCAGCACCAGCGCAUCCACACCGGCGAGCGGCCCUACGCCUGCGCCCAGUGCGGCAAGACCUUCACCCACUCCUCCAACCUGCUCCUCCACCAGCGCACCCACGCCGGCUCCCGGGCGCACAAGUGCCCGGCUUGCGCCAAGGCCUUCGUCUCGGACGCCUACCUGCAGAAACACCUGCAGACCCACGCCGCCCGCCCGCCCGGCAGCCCCCUGGCCCCGCCGCCGCUCUUCCUGGCGCCCGCCGAGGCCGUGGAGACGGUGGAGAUGCUCUGGAAGUGCGGCGACUGCGAGCUGACCUUCAAGAGCGAGGAGCUGCUGCUCGGCCACCAGCGGAGCCAUUUGGAGGUAGGGACGCCCGGCCCGGGCCCCGGCGGCGGCGAGGCGCCCACUGCCGCGCACAGCUGCCCCACGUGUGGCAAAGCCUUCAAGAACGGCUCCGGGCUGGCGCGGCACCAGCACAGCCACGCGGGCGAGCGGCCCUUCAAGUGCUCCGUCUGCGAGAAGACCUUCGUGCAGCUGGCCAGCUUGCUGGGCCACCAGCGCAGCCAUCCUGCCGAGCAGCAGCUCAUCCAGGCCGAGGCCGAGGUGACGUGUCCCCAAACGGCGCCCGAGCCGGCCCCGGCCCCGGCCCCGGCCGAGCGCCCCUACCAGUGCACCGAGUGCGGCAAGGCCUUCAAGGGCUCCUCGGGGCUGCGCUACCACAUGCGGGACCACACGGGCGAGCGGCCCUACAAGUGCUCCGAGUGCGGCAAGGCCUUCAAGCGCUCCUCGCUGCUCUCCAUCCACCAGCGGGUGCACACGGGGCUGCGGGCCUUCAAGUGCGCCGAGUGCGGCCUCACCUUCAAGUGGUCCUCGCACUACCAGUACCACCUGCGGCUGCACACGGGCGAGCGGCCCUACGCCUGCCCCGACUGCCCCAAGGCCUUCAAGAACACCUCCUGCCUGCGGCGGCACCGGCAGCUGCACACGGGCGAGCGGCCCUACGCCUGCCUGGUGUGCGGCAAGGCCUUCACCCAGACCUCCAACCUGCGGCAGCACCAGCGCACCCACACCGGCGAGCGGCCCUACGCCUGCGCCCAGUGCGGCAAGACCUUCACCCACUCCUCCAACCUCCAGCUCCACCAGCGCACCCACUCCAGCGCCCGGCCCUACCAGUGCCCCGUCUGCUCCAAGGCCUUCGUCAUGGCCUCCUACCUGCAGCGUCACCUCCGCACCCACGCCGCCGGCCCCAAGGCCCCCGCCGCCCCCAAGGUGCCGCCCGCGCCCGACGGGGCCCCGGCGCAGCCCGCCGCGCUCAGCCUGGAGGUGGGCAGCCCGCCCGCCGCCCCCGCCGCCCAGACCUUCCUGCUGGUGCAGACGGCGCAGGGCUUGCAGCUCAUACCCAGCGUGGCCCAGCCGCCGCAGAAGCUCAUCCUCCUCCCCGCGCCGCAGCCCAAAGCCGCCGGCCCUGGCUUCGCCCUGCUGCCCGCGCCGCCCGGCAAAGCCGCCCCGCGCCGGCAGGAGAAGGGCCCCAAAGCGGUGGCACCCGCCACCCCGCCGGCGGCCGGGCAGAGCAUCCUGCUGGUGCCCAGCGCGGGGCAGGCCCUGCCCGGCGUGCAGAUCCAGGCGCUGGCGGGCGCGCGCCGGGCGCCGGGCCUCGCGCCCGGGGCCAGCGUCAUCGUGCUGCAGAACGUCCCCGAGCAGCCCCCGGCGGAGGUGGGUGCUCUGCGGGUGCAGGCUCUGCCGCCGGCGCCGGAGGUGGCCGGCGUCCAGCUCCAAGCCCUCCCGCAGCCCUCCGAGGUGGCCGGCGUCCAGCUCCAAGCCCUGUCGCAGCCCACGGAGGUGACUAGCGUCCAGCUGCAGGCCGCCGAGGUGACAAAUGUCCAGCUGCAGGCCACCGAGGUGACCAAUGUCCAGCUGCAGGCACUGCCGCAGCCCUCUGAGAUGACCAACAUCCAGCUGCAAGCCCUGCCGCAGCCCUCGGAGGUGGCCAGUGUCCAGCUCCAGGCCACCGAGGUGACAAAUGUGCAGCUGCAGGCCACCGAGGUGACCAACGUCCAGCUGCAGGCACUGCCGCAGUCCUCCGAGGUGCCCAACAUCCAGCUGCAAGCCCUGCCGCAGCCCCCGGAGAUCGCAAACGUCCAGCUCCAAGCCCUGCCGCAGCCCUCGGAGGUGACCAGUGUCCAGCUCCAAGCCUUGCCGCAGCCGCCGGAGGUGACCAACGUGCGGCUCCAGCCGCCUGAGGUGACCAACGUCCAGCUCCAGACCCCCGAGGGCACCCGGGUGCAGCUCCAAGCCCUGCCCCAACCCUCGGAGCCCGCGACGGGGCCGAGCCUGCCGGGCGGCCCCGAGCUGCGGGGCGCCGCGGGGCUGCCCGAGGGGCAGGACGUCAUCGUGGUGCAGAGCGGGCAGGGCGAGGAGCUGCUGGGGCCGGGGCCGGAGGUGGGUGGCCUGGCCGGGGUGCAGGACGUGCACCUGGAGAUGCUGCAGACGGCCGAGGGGCUGCAGAACGUGCUGGUGCUGCGCGGUGCCGACGGCGAGCAGACACGGCUCUGCGUGCAGGAGGUGGAAAACCUGCCGGAGCUGCCGCCGGACGAGGCCCAGGGCGCCCAGAAACUCUUCAUCAUCCGCGGCGAGCCCACCUUGCAGGUGCUGGAGAACGUUCCCGGGGGCCAGCUCUCCGCGCAGGCGCGGGGGACGCCCGCCAGCGCUGGGGCGACUUCGGGGCCCGCCGGUGGCCCCGCCGUGGUGCAGCUGCUGCCCGGCCCCCCGGCCCCGGACCUGCCCGCCAUCCAGAUCGUGCAGACGGUGCCCAGCGUCCAGCUGGUUCACACCUUCUGAGCGGGGUCCGACCCCGGGGCGGGACGCCGGGGUCCCCUCCACAGCCAGCCCCGGGCCCUCGGGUGCGGGAGCCGCAGGGGGCUCAGCACCAGGACUCCUGGGUCCUUUUGGUGCCGGAGUGUGGAAGCCGUUGGAGCUUAGCACCAGGACACCUGAGUCCUUUGGGUGCCGGAGUGUGGAAGCCGUUGGAGCUCAGCACCAGGGCUCCUGGGUCUUUUGGGUGCCGGAGUGUGGGAGCCAUGAUGAGCUCAGCCCCAGGACGCCUGGGCCCCCCUGUGCAGGUGCCCCAAGGGGAACUGAGCACCAGGACUCCUGGGUCCUCCCUCUGGCCUCCAGAGCACCUGGGUUCUCUUGUAAAGGCUGUGUGACCCCAUGGGGGUCUGGGCUCCAGGAUGCCUGGGCCCCCCCCGCACUGGGGUGUGUGUCCUGGGAGGUCCAGGCUCCAGGAUGCCUGGGUCCUCCUGCACUGGCGUGUGUGUCCUGGGAGGUCCUGGCUCCAGGAUGCCUGGGCCCCCUGCACUGAGGUGUGUGCCCUGGGAGGUCCCGGCUCCAGGACGCCUGGGCCCCCCCUGCACUGGGGUGUCUGUCCUGGGAGGUCCUGGCUCCAGGACGCCUGGGCCCCCCCGCACUGGGGUGUGUGUCCUGGGAGGACCGGGCUCCAGGACGCCUGGGCCCCCCCGCACUGGGGUGUGUGUCCUGGGAGGACCGGGCUCCAGGAUGCCUGGGUCCUCCUGCACUGGCGUGUGUGUCCUGGGAGGACCGGGCUCCAGGACGCCUGGGCCCCCCCGCACUGGGGUGUGUGUCCUGGGAGGACCGGGCUCCAGGACGCCUGGGCCCCCCCCGCACUGGGGUGUCUGUCCUGGGAGCUCCUGGCUCCAGGACGCUUGGGCCCCCCCUGCACUGGGGUGUCUGUCCUGGGAGGACCGGGCUCCAGGACACUUGGCCCCCCCCUGCACUGGGGGGUGUGUCCUGGGAGGACCGGGCUCCAGGACGCCUGGGCCCCCCCUGCACUGGGGUGUCUGUCCUGGGAGGACCGGGCUCCAGGACGCCUGGGCCCCCCGCACUGGGGUGUGUGUCCUGGGAGGACCGGGCUCCAGGACGCCUGGGCCCCCCCGCACUGGGGUGUGUGUCCUGGGAGGUCCCGGCUCCAGGACGCCUGGGCCCCCCCGCACUGGGGUGUGUGUCCUGGGAGGACCGGGCUCCAGGACGCCUGGGCCCCCCCGCACUGGGGUGUGUGUCCUGGGAGGACCGGGCUCCAGGACGCCUGGGCCCCCCCGCACUGGGGUGUGUGUCCUGGGAGGACCGGGCUCCAGGACGCCUGGGCCCCCCCGCACUGGGGUGUGUGUCCUGGGAGGACCGGGCUCCAGGACGCCUGGGCCCCCCGCACUGGCGCGGGGACCGCGGCGGGGGGGGGUCCCAGGACCCCCGGCUCCUCCCGGCGCGACUCAAUAAACGCUGCUGUCCCGG